AGUACAGACAGAAAGCUUGGGAGAUAUAGUGAAAGAACGGCAAGAGAACUAAGAGUAGGUACAUUAGAAGAUUUUUACGAGGAAUCUACAAAGAUUUAUCAGCCUAAUACAUCGCAAAAGGUUGCCUUGAUAAUGGCCGGGAGUCACUUCUGAAACAUUGGGCCAGCCGGUGACCUCAGCUUCCGCCCCGGUUGGAGUGAAAGGCCGCAGGACCGGACUGUCUCAUCUCGCUUUUAGACCCCUGUGGAGCCCCCCCGAGGGCCGCCAUGAGCGAAGUGGUGAUCGUGAAGGAGGGAUGGCUUCACAAACGAGGAGAGUACAUCAAGACCUGGAGGCCGCGGUAUUUCUUGCUGAAGAGCGACGGUACGUUCAUCGGCUACAAGGAGCGGCCGCAAGACGUGGACCAGCUGGAGACGCCUCUGAACAACUUCUCCGUCGCACAAUGUCAGCUGAUGAAGACCGAGAGGCCGAAGCCGAGCACCUUCAUCAUCCGCUGCCUGCAGUGGACCACGGUGAUCGAGCGCACCUUCCACGUGGAAACGCCUGAGGAGAGGCGAGAAUGGACGAAAGCCAUCCAGGCCGUGGCGGACAGCCUGCAGAAGCAGGAGGAGGAGAUGAUGGACUCCUCUCCGGACCCCAUGGACAUGGAGAUGUACCUGACCAAGCCCCGACUCAAAGUGACUAUGCACGACUUUGAAUACCUCAAGCUUCUCGGGAAAGGCACGUUCGGGAAGGUCAUCCUGGUCAAGGAGAAGGCCACCGGCCGAUACUACGCCAUGAAAAUCCUCAAAAAGGAAGUGAUUGUGGCUAAAGAUGAAGUGGCACACACGCUUACGGAAAACCGAGUGCUGCAGAACUCCAAGCACCCGUUCUUGACGGGUUUGAAAUAUUCCUUCCAGACGCAUGACCGGCUGUGCUUCGUCAUGGAGUAUGCCAAUGGUGGGGAGCUGUUCUUCCACCUGUCCCGGGAUCGCAUCUUUUCUGAGGAGCGGGCGCGCUUCUAUGGGGCAGAAAUAGUUUCGGCAUUGGAUUACCUCCAUUCGGAGAAGAACGUGGUGUACAGGGACCUAAAGCUGGAAAACCUCAUGCUGGACAAGGACGGGCACAUCAAGAUCACGGACUUCGGCCUCUGUAAGGAAGGCAUCAAGGACGGAGCCACCAUGAAGACCUUCUGUGGGACGCCCGAGUAUUUGGCACCAGAGGUGCUGGAGGACAACGACUAUGGAAGGGCGGUAGACUGGUGGGGGUUGGGCGUGGUCAUGUACGAGAUGAUGUGUGGCCGCCUUCCGUUCUAUAACCAGGACCACGAGAAACUGUUUGAGCUCAUCCUCAUGGAAGACAUCCGUUUCCCUCGAACCCUUGGCCCCGAGGGCAAGUCCCUGCUCUCCGGGCUGCUCAAGAAAGACCCCAAGCAGCGGUUAGGUGGGGGUCCAGAUGAUGCCAAGGAAAUCAUGCAGCACAAGUUCUUUGCGGGCAUCGAAUGGCAGGACGUAUAUGAGAAGAAGCUUGACCCGCCAUUCACGCCCCAGGUCACCUCAGAAACGGAUACUCGGUAUUUCGAUGAAGAGUUCACGGGACAAACCAUCACUAUCACCCCCCCAGGACAAGAUGAGAACAUGGAGUCAUUUGACAGCGACAGGAGGCCCCACUUCCCCCAGUUCUCCUACUCAGCCAGCGGUACGGCCUAGAGGGCCCUUGCGCAUUUCCCCCUGGUCCCACCAUUUCCCCCACCCCCUCCACCAGGCCGUUUUCUCAAAGACCUUGACCUUUGAACCUUUUUUUAAUGUUCUCUCUUCAAUGUCACAUGUAUAAAAAAAACAACAAAAAAAAAACGGUGGGCACUUUUUUUUCUGUCACCUUUUUUAUUUUUAUUUUUUAUUUUUUGCAUUUGUUAUCACCUGUGUGGAAAAAGGCACUUGAGCAGAAGCGAUGGGCGGCUGACCUGCGUGGCCUUCGAAGACCAUCGUCCUGUGAAGUGUCCGAGCGGCAACACUACAGUGUACUAUUCUCCUGUCUUCACUCAGAGGUAUGAGUUUUUCCUCGGACUUGGACUGCGGGGAACCGAAUGGACCAGAGCCUUGCAGGAGUCCAACAGCACUGUGACUCAAGAUCCCACUUUUGUCAUUGUGAUUUUGCCUUUAUCAAUUGUAAUGUUCCCUGUUCACAAAGCAGGCCUUAAAGUUGCUAGAAUAUCAUAUCAAUUUCAGAUUUUCUAGGGCACAUGAAUUCCAUGUCCAAAUUCAAUUGUUUUUUUGCUGUUUUGAAAUUUGUAUGAACUGUGUGGACCAACCUAUUUUUCCCAGAUUUGGGAUGUUUUUUGUUUUGUUUUUUUGUUCUCAAUUUUCUUGUUGACCAGAGGUUAAAGCAGUGGCUGAAGCCUUGGUUUGGUUGCCAGGUUGAAACUGAAACAUUUCUGAAGAACCCCUUGAGUUGGCCUUGAAUGUAGUUCAAUGAUUUUUUAAUUAAUAACAAGCUUUAAGCACGUAUAACAUGUAUAGGGUAAGGUCUCUUUAGUGAAACAUUUUUAAAUGGUUGUUUGAAAGACCUUGUACAUUUCCAAGACCUUUUUUUCCCUCACUAUUUUCAAAAACAACAGUGUUGAUACUGUGAGUACUCAUUAAUUAAUUGGCACCCUCCCCCUUCAAAUAAAAUUUUUUUUUUUCCCCGGCAUGCACAUUUCUGCUGGCACAUUCAACCUAUUGGCCAAAACUCCUGGCUCCAGUGUUAACUAGAUGUAAAAUGUACAAGAACACAACCAUGCUGUGUGGACCACCAUUCUUCUGAACAAACUGCUUGGAAUCGAACUCCUAGAUUGUGCAAUAAUGGCUGUACAACACAUGCAC